AUGAUAAUGGCAGCAGAAACAAGUACCAAGCCAUGCCUGAAUAACAUAGAGUUACACAAGACGGAAUCAGUGACAUCAACUUCAUCAUCAUCAUCGUCAUCCGAUUCUUCCCUGUCGACAGCCUCUGGGAAAGCACUGUUAGCACUGUCCAAGACAGAGCUCGAUCGGUUAAUAGCCGAGAAUAUGACAUCGGUGUUAAAGACGCUCAAGAAACGCAAACACGCCAAAAAACACGCACGUUUAAGAAAUGCUGCUGCUGCAUCAGUAGCUGAAGGUACGAGUCAAUUAGAAGGUGAUAAGAAAGAAGAACAAGAAUCAACUCCGCCAAGUGUACAAACAGAAGGGAAGAUGAAUCGCAAAGAGAAGAAAGAAUCGCGUAAUCGUAAGGGUGGAAAAUCUCGUCAAAAACACGAUCGAAACAACGGUGCUCAAUAUGCAGUCUCUGAAUCGAAGACGAAACCUCCUCAGCAUAGCUUAAAGGAAGUUCAACGCGAUAUGAAACAAGAAAGUACGGUUGUCACCGUGGCACCGUGCACCAAUGGUGCUUGCAAUGGGCCAUUCGGUGAAAAAACUGGCAAGGAAAACAAAACCAUUAACGCUUUCCAGCUGAUGAUGAAGGCACGCUCCAAAUGCAUCGGUUCAAACUCUCCCGGCAAAGAACGAGAGGAGCGCGAGUUGAGCCCCACCCAGGAGCUAGCGCGCGAGAAGAAAGCCAUACGCAACUUGCAGCUGGAACAGUGGGCUGCCCAGAAAGGAGCGGGCAAGCGAAGGUUGCAGGAAGAAGCCGAGGAGGAUUACAUUGAGCAUCAAAUGAAGAAGCGUGCCAAAAGACUGAAGAAACUCAUCGGCAACAUGAAUGGGGAGAUAAAGCUGGAGGAAGAAGAGGUGGUGCCCAAGGUGGAGAAAGUAAUUGAUGUAUUAGAAAUUCAGGAUUCUCCUAUGCGAUCCGUGAAAGUUGAGGUACCAAAGCAGAACGUAAAAUCUACGCCCAAGCAUACUGCCAUCGACAGGAAGGUGGAAGAGGUAAACGUAACGGGGUCGGGGAAAAAACGCGGUCGCCCACGGAAGACCAUCACUGCGGUGGAGCAAACGAUCGAACAAGAGAUGAAAGUCAAAGACCAAGAUGCUUCGGAUGUCGAGUUUCUCGUGCAGCUAUCCUCGCCAAGAAAGAAAAAGGAUAGUUUGUUGGGAUAUUUCGCGAAGUUGACCCCGGAAACCAAAACAAAGCAGGAUUCCCCAUCGAUAGGAAAAGCGCAGAAAACGCCUACGACGCACAACGCCACACCGGUCGUAACGGUGUUGAUCGAUGACGAAAAUAGCAAUGGAAUGCAAGCAAGUACACCCCCUUCACAGGUGUGUUCGCGUCCUAGACGAUCGUGUGCUAAUCGCAUCAAAGAUUAUUCCGCCUUCGAGAAGUAUAGUCCGGCGAAGGAAGAGCAGAAAAGUCACCCCACGCGAACAUCGAUCGUGACACCGCUGAAAAUCAUCAACGUUCAAUCACCGAACGCUAUGAAGGUGGUCAAGAGUCCUUCGUUACGAAUGUUCUCCUCGGGCGAAGAAGGUGGGAAGAAGAUAGUUCCCGCUAGCGAAUGGCCAUUAACACCGAAAUCAGUGAAAUUGGCACCAGUGUUUUCACGUGGCAAAUCACAACAAGCACCGCAGGAAGAUCCAGAAAAGGUACGUGCCCGACAGCUGUUUCUCAUGUCUGGAAUUCCGGAAAAGCUGCGUCAGGAGAUGGAAAAACGUACAAUGUACGAAGAGUACAUACUGAACGAAUCCAGCGUGUUUCCACUGGUGAGCCACGUAAUGCAGUUGGAAGAACAGAAGACGCCAUCCGCUGCACGGGAGAUUUUAAAUUUCGAUCACAGCGCUAUUAAAUUGCGCCCGGUCGAGAUGGAAUCGCCACCGGCAAAGAGUUCGCUGAAAGGCAUUAAAAAUCGUAAGAUUCAGUUGGGAAUGUUCACCGGAUGCAGUGAGUAUGACUACGACGAAGCGAUCGAUAAAUGCAUCCAAUUGAUUGAUGUUGUCGGCAAGCAAGCGAACGGGAACGACGAGGAGCACGAGCUGCCGGAGGUGCAAAACGUGAAGGACAUAGUGCGUGAUUACAAGCAGCGCUUUCCGCACUUUCCCGUGUUUCGAUGUUACAAGCAGUUCCGUGCGGUCUAUCAAGAACAUCAGCAGCCAGCACAGGGCGACGAAAGGCAACAGGAACAAUGCACCAAACCCAACGGCACCCAAACACCGUUGGAUGAAAGUUUCGAAAUCAUUGAACCAACGCUUAGCUGCCGGAAUGGUGAAACACUGUUUACGGAAAAGUAUAAACCACAAACCACCGAACAGAUCCUGAUCAACUUCUCGCCAUCGAACAUGUUAACGCAGUUUCUGUCCCUCUGGAAGGAGGACACCGGUGGCCAGAAGCGUUCGAACGAAGUGACAACCCCUACCGGACACUAUUUCCUUUCCACUGAGAAGGGUGAAGAUGAUUUUCUCACCUCAAACGACAGUAACUCUUCGUUGUCCGUUCCCGGAGGAGCCGGGUCGAGUGUUUGCAACCAUGUCGUACUGGUGGGACCGCCCGGAUGUGGUAAAACAUCGAACGUGUAUGCGGUGGCGAACGACAUGAACUUUAACGUGCUCGAGCUUAACGCAAGCAGUCGACGGAAAGGUAAAAUUAUCCUGCAGGAACUGCUGGAAGCCACCCAGAGCCACCAGGUGCGACAAAAAUCGGAACGAUCCAACUCAACCGAUGGACUGCUGGUAAAUGGUGCACACUCUAAGCGAGGCAAGAAGAACGGUCUGAACGGGUUGUUUAGCUGCCUGGAACGAAGACCAUCGUUUACGGACGGCAAUGGGAAUGGGUCGAAAAAGUUGUCCCUCAUUCUGAUUGAAGACGCGGACAUCGUGUUCGAGCAGGAUGAUGGAUUUCUUGCAGCGAUCAAUGCCCUGAUCGCAUCCUCGAAGCGUCCGAUCGUGCUGACAACCACGAACCCAUCCUGCACGCAUAUGGCCCGGUACAUGGCGCGCAACAACGUGAUCCGGUACGUUGCGCCCGGCAUCGGCAAUGUGGCAAAGUUCUUUUCGCUGCUCGCACUGGUCGAACGGAUACCGAUCGACCAGCACGAUAUCGGUCGGCUGUACGCGCACAAUGGGAAGGAUAUGCGGAAAACGUUAAACGAGCUGCAAUUUUUCAUCCAAAGCGGUGGCGAUAUGGAACGCUUUCCGUCUUCCACGCACGAGAGAAACCAUCUGCGGGAUGCCGACAGUGAGGAACAAAACACGGCACUGAAUGAAACGCGCGAGGAAGAGGACGAUGGUGGUGAGCAGAUGAUCGAUGAGCAUACGGCGGAAAGUUCUUUGGGACAAAAGAAGAAAACGACAAGCGGCCAUAAGGCACGGUCACUGGCAAAGCAGCAUCACGGUACACUGUACGAGCUGUAUACACGGAACCAAAACGAAUCGGUAGUGUUGCGCAUUCCGUUGGAUUUCAAUGUGCUCUGGUGUAACAUGGAGCUGGUGUUAAGGACGGCAGCAAUGCUCAUUCCCGUGCGGAACGAUACUGGCCACAAUUCUAGCAGAGGGAAGCGAAACAGUUCAUCCGGCAAGCGUGGUAAACGUGGCAGUAUUGUGCGGCAAGAUGACACCAACAAACCUGCGGAUGAGUUGGUAUGCGAAGAGCUGUGUGCGCUGUACGAAAACAUAAGCCACGCAGAAGCCGGAUGGGGUGUGACGCAACGGAAUAGAAUACGCUACGGGAAGGACGUACAGGAUGAGCAACAGCAGCAGCAGCUAGCGCACGAUAUAGGGCAUGCCCUCGUGGAAGGAUCAUGGAUCGAAUGGUUCAGCAGGCGAAAGGAUACGACCAGCGAGCCGCGAAGCGCAAGAAAGGCCAGUAAUGGUGAGAAAGGUCUCGGAACUAAAGCGUACGAUGCGUUGCGAAAGCUGGAACAGGAACCACGGCAAACGAUAGCAUCGUACAUCGGCGUUAGCGGAAUACGGCCACGUGUGGCCGUUUGCGAUUACGAACCGUUUCUACGUCAAAUCUGCCGCCACGAGCGGGACCGGUCUUCAACGGAAAGGCGGGGCAGCCGGUUCUACCACUAUCUGCGUAACUUUAACGCGACGAACGGAACCGUACCGCAACCGAUCGUAGCAUCGACCGCGACGAUGCUGAUGAAACCGGCUGGCGGAUUUAGUGUGGAUCAUUUUGAUGCGCUCAGCCAUUGCUUCGAGGAACAGCAGACGGCACCAAGCGCAACGAUGGACGCGAUAGAAAAGUGA